AGCACUAACACGGCUUCAGACCUGUGACGUUCCUGCUCAUGUCUUUGUCGGAGCAGUCGGCUGUUGUAUAAAUCAAGAUGGUGGUCUUGGCUCUGGUCGUGUUUGUAACGUUGUCAUCCUGCUCGCUCGGCUGCUCGGGGAACAGAACCUCAAGUGUGCCAAAGCUUUGGAGCACGGAGAAUCAGUCCAUGGCUCUGCAACUGGCUGCCGUGUUUAAGGAGAUGGAGAGUCUGAGGUGUGAACAAACAACACUUCAGCAGCAGCAGCAGCAGCAGCAGAGCGCUCUGACUCAGAUGCACGUGACGAGGGAGCAGAGAGGGGAGCGGCAUGAAGUGGGAACGACCGUCCUGACUUACGGUCCCAAUGAUGACGAAGAAGAUGAUCUGCAUCUCUCUGGGGAAGACUCCAAGAGACGGGCUGACCCCUGCUUCCAUUACACCGUCCUGGACCAGCCCUGGAGAGCCACUAACGCCACCACCAAAAGCAAGAUGUGUGACCGCAACGUCAAGUGGAAAGGCUGGUACCGCCUCUUCUACCAGGGGAAGAGUAUUCAGAUGCCGGAGAGGUGUGUCCCUGUGGACAAAUGUGGCACCCACUCCCCCCUGUGGCUGGCGGGGCCUCACCCGAGGAUGAGGGACGGCAUUGUCACCCGCAAAGUGUGUGGACACUGGAAGAAGAAGUGCUGCGCUUUCAAGUCCACCCCCAUCAAGGUGAAGAAGUGUCGCGGGAACUACUACGUCUACAUGUUCGCCCCACCCACCGCCUGUUAUCUGGCCUACUGUGCAGACAUCAACACUCUUGUUUGUGGACGCUGCAGGAGGAACCAGUCCUGUGUGAGCCGAGAUAGGAUCAACUGGAGGUGUAAGACAAGGAAAUCUCCUGCCAGAAAGAUCCACUUCUUUGCGUCCUUCCCCGGCCAGCUCAAAGGUAAAGUGAACCGGAUCAAGUACAGUAAGGUUCUGGUGAACGUGGGCCGAGGUUUCAGCAGGAGGACCGGGAUGUUCAGGGCUCCUGUGAACGGAGUCUACCAGUUCUUCUUCUCCACCCAGUCGGCCAACACGGGGCAGAAGACCGACCUGUGGCUGGUGGUCAACAGUUACUGGGUGGCCGUCUCUCACACACACGUCGCCCGGCCUUCAUCCGUAGGGAACCUGUCCACCUACAUGACCUUCCUCCGCAAAGGGGCUUUAAUCUACGUCACCCAUAACUGCGGCCGGUCAUGGGCUAACGCUGCCUCCAUGACCAUCACGUUUGGAGGCUCACUGCUUGCACAGUGGAAAUAAUGUUAAUGUUGAUGCAUUCAAUUCUGUACAUUUUAAUUCUUUCAUUGUACUGUAUUUCAAUUUUCACAUGGUGUGUGUGUCAGGACAAAUUAACAC